AAAUGAGCCAUCACAUCACUGAGACUGACAAGGACCAUUGACGAUGAUCCGCAAGGGUGUCACGGAGAGCUUCGGGGCGGCCAUUUCGGGUCUGAGCGCCGCCGACCUGACGGACACGGUGGUCCGCAGGAGCAAGAGGAUGGUGCUGGACACCCUGGGAGUCGGACUGCUGGGAACCACGACGCCGGUGUUUAACACGGCCCUGCAGUACAGCAAGAGAUACCGGGCCUUAGAGAACAGCCGUGUCUGGGGAAGGCCUGGCCUCUCUCUCCCACCACAGUAUGCUUCCUUUGUCAAUGGAAUUGCAGUGCACUCCAUGGACUUUGACGACACCUGGCACCCGGCGACUCACCCCUCGGGCACGGUGCUGGCCCCCCUGCUGGCCCUGGCCGAGGCCCUGCCCAGAAAACCGUCCGGCCUGGAGCUGCUGCUGGCCUUCAACGUGGGCGUGGAGGUGCAGGGCCGCCUGAUGAGGUUCUCCGAGGAGGCCCGCAACAUUCCGAAGAGGUAUGUGGCCUGGCAACCGGACUUCAGUUUUGACUUUAUUCGAUCAGAGAACCCACUAUGCCAGUUUAGGUUCCACCCCCCCUCUGUGGCCGGGGUCAUGGGCAGUGCCGCGGCGUCCGCAAAGCUCCUGGGCCUGAGCCCCGGGCAGUGUGUGGCAGCUCUAGGCAUCGCGGCCUCCUCCGCCGGGGCGCCCAUGGCCAACGCCGCCACCCAGACCAAGCCGCUGCACGUGGGCAACGCCGCGCGCCGGGGCCUGGAGGCCGCACAGCUCGCCCUCCUGGGUCUCCAAGGCAACCGCGGCAUCCUGGACAUGGAGUCCGGGUUUGGCGUCUUCUACCCGGACUACGCCCCGGUGCCGCUCGGGAGCAGCGGCAGCGCCCCCUACGGGUGGGUCCUGGAGGAGCAGGACGUGGCGGUGAAGCGUUUCCCGGCCCACCUGGGGAUGCACUGGGUGGCGGACGCCGCCGCCUCGGUGAGGGCGGCCAUUUUGUCCGGGAACCCCGACGCAGACCUCGGCCAGGCGAGGAGGGUGGUGCUGAGGGUGCCCGAGUCCAGGUACAUCAACUGCCCCUUCCCUGCCACCGAGCACCAGGCCCGGCACUCCUUCCAGUUCAACGCCUGCUCCGCCCUCCUCGACGGCCUGGUGACCGUGGAGUCCUUCAGCAGCCGCCAGAUGGAGCGGAAAGCCUUGAAGGACCUGCUGCUCGCCGUGCGGCUGGAAAACCCCGCGGACAAUCGCUCCAGCUUCGACAGCAUGUACUGUGAGGUCACGGUGGAGACGGCCAAUGGGGAGAGCCACACGGCUCGCUGCAGCACCUUCUACGGCCACUGGAGGAAGCCUCUCACGCAGGAGGACCUCACCAAGAAGUUCACGGCCAAUGCCUCGGCUGUGCUGCCCCUAGAGGCUGCGGAAGGUAUUGUCAGUAUCGUCGACAACAUUGAGAAGAUGGCCGACGUCUCGCAGCUAGGAUCGCUCCUGCAAAUGAGUAAUGCCGAGGUAUAAUGACCCAGUGUCCCUGGUGAACUGAAUUCUCUGAAUGACUGAGAUGUGUCAAUAUUAUUCAAAUGAUUUUUGCAAAAACAGCAUAAAGAUAUGUAUAUAUAUAUAUAUAAAUAUACACACAUACAACCUCUUGGACAGUUUCCUCUGGAGUUAUUUUCUUGCCAAAAUGCCCCUUUGCCAACCAUUGUUGAUAUCCGCAGGUCUUUAGAACGUCCCUAAUUAUCUAAACUAUCCUUAAUCUCACAAAAAACAUACCACGGGACAAUGAAAAUACAUGCACUGAAACUGAAUUAACAUAAAUAAAGCGGCAAAAGGUAAUCUAUCCUGAUACGCAAAGCUAGAACCAGGAGGGGUCAGUUGCUGCUUGAACAGUGUUGAUGAAUCAGAAACGACAGCUGUGCCUCUAAACCAGGAGUGUCCCGUCUUAUCUGAAAAGGUGCUGGUGUGGGCAGCAUUCUUUAGCACGUUGCAGUGACGACUUUACUGGGGCAGUGUUUCCAGUAACUGGAGUAAUGGUGUGGAAUGUUGCAUGUCAGAAUAUAGACGGCAAUAAAGUGUACGUUUUCAUAUACUUUCAGAGUUUAUUUUAGCAGACUACUUUCCAAAAAAAGGCCUUGGCAAAUGAUUGCUUGUGAAAUUUCCUGUCUUUAAGUUGUGCAACCAGCCAUGUUGGCCCAAAUUUCGUUGGCUUUGGCCCGCUAGAAUAGUACAUGCCAAAUUUAAAAAAAAUGUGCAGUGGUGGUAGGUCUGCUGAAAGUAUAAUGCUGAAGAAUAUGGUGAAUAUUAUCUUUGACAGUGCUCAGUAAAUUCCGCCAAUCACUCAGAUUUUAUCGAUAUAGUUCAUUUUGCAAACAUCUUAUUAAAAUGUGCUCCACUGCUUACCCUGGCGAAAGACCCCCACAGAGCCAGCCAGAGGUGACGGUGGCACGGGAAAACUCUCUGGAAGACAUGUAGGGUGAAACCUUAAAGAGCCAGAAAUUAAUUUUAUCUGAAAGAUUUUUGAAAAGUGCCCUUUUCCUGAAAGACUGAAAACUACAAUGCUGACACUAAUAGAGGAAUUAAUGGUCCUUCAUAUGUUACACAAGCAUUAUAUAUCACGGAUAUCAUGCAAUUUCGUAUUCUACAGUACAGACGGAAACUAAAGACUGUCCGCUCUCCCCAGUGUGCGAACUUCUUCCCUUGCGUUAGUGACAAAAAAAAAGUCUGAUUGUGUCCUACCCCUUAUCGCCACCCGAGGGCGCCCUCCCACCCUUUCCCUACAAUAAAACCGGAGCUGCCGUGUAUGUUCUGCAAAAUCAUUCCUACUAAUUCACCGAACAUGCAAGUGAUUUAUUUGCUGACCAAAAAACAUUUUUAAGUCAUAUGUUCACGCGAAAGUUUUGGGCAUUUUUUAUUUGAUGUUAAAAUCAAACCUUGCUUGUGUCCCGGAAGCUGAAUUGACCUUUUGGACAGAAAAAUAUGGCCCCAGAAACUUACGAUCUUUCAUUGGUUCCCAAAUUGGAAAAAACACCAUUCCCACUAAGUUAUUUGUAAAAAUAAAAACAGUGACACGAUGUACAUUGUAAUAUGCUGUUUUUGUUUUGUUCUGUUUUUUCUUAAAGCUGUAGGCCAACUUUGUUUUCCAUGCAAUGUUUUCACCAAUUAAGAGUAGCAGAACAAAAACAAAACGUAAACACGAUGAUUGUUGUCUGGAAGUCAUUGGCAUGUUGGAAACUGCACAGAAGCAACAUCUGGAGAAAAUUACAGUAGGCGACUGAAGCCAAAACAAAUAGGCCAUCUCGCAUCCAGUCUGGGAUCUUUGAUCCCGUUCGUUUCCAGCGGAACCUUUCUGCUUUUCCGAAGCGUCAGGCAAUUCCAAAAGGUCUCUACGGUCUCUACUGCUAUUUAUUUUAUUGUCUAAUAAGCGGGAUUUCCUUUCCUGCUAAGAUUUACAUAAAUGGUUAUGAAUCUGCUGAAACGUUAGCCAACUUCUGUAAUUGAACCAACUGCUCGGCGGUUUGCAUUCGCAAAUAGACUUAUCCCAACAACCUGUACAGACAUUGCAAAAAUGCAGUAAUACAAAUAAUAAUAUUAUUAACUAUGCAUCUUAACCUUUUCAAAACGUGCACUUUACAUGAGUUCAUGUAAGCCUAUAUGUCUGCUUUUUCCACAUUUCCAUCUCAAAUUAAAUGAUAUAAAUACA